GAUUAUCGACGUGCUGCAGCAAUAACACCCGGCCUUCAAUCAUGAUUGCGCGCUCACAUAUUUCCGUCGCACCUUCUUUCGCAUCUUUCCAUGAUACAGUCGGACUCGAAAUCCAUAGCAUGGAAUGCCCCGGGCUCGCCAGUCGGAAAUGCAGAUAUAAAAUGUGAGGCCGAGGCUUUGAGGAACCUUAGUUCCCGAACACUCUUAACUCCCAAAGCCAACUUCGAUGUCCAGCACGCUUUCGCUCGUCCUUUUCAAGCAGUCCUCACUGUUUCCUCAGGAUACUGCUCAUUGGGCCUUGUUCCUUGCGCAAAAUGGUGCACCUACUGGGACGCUCUUCCGUGUCUCCAAAGAGUCUUUAAUUGGCAGGACCAACUACCCGGGGCCAAUCGUUGACCAAAAACCCACCGAUUCUUCGUCUCUCCGUUCCGUUGUGAUCAUCAAGAGCGGGAGUAAUAUCACCGACGCCGCUUUGCACACGGCGUGCCUCGCAGCUGCUCAGGGUCGACCGUUUGACCUUAUCGUGAACAAUUGUCAGAGAUUCUGCACCGAGGUGUUGGUUAGGCUGGUCAAUGCCGCAUACAUCUCGCAAGCAGAAUUUGAUGCUUUGGCGUCGAAGGGCUUCACACCGCUCGUCUGAACGGAGUACGCAACUGGGAAUACGAAGGCCAAGUUCCGGCCGUUUGAUCACCAUCCGACAACCUUUGUUCACGUUGCUGGGGAACAUGCUGCUGUUUUGUGUAUAUCUAUCGCCUUUCCGCAUGU